GGUUUCAUGAGGAAAAAAGUGAAAGAAAUGAAUAAAAAAGCAAUAAUUCCUAUUCUGUGUUUGGGUACCACAAUUUCCAUAUUUAUUAUACGGAGUUUUAACCUGAAUAAGGAAAACAUGCAAUUGAUAGAAAUGGAAAUUAACAAAGGAUUCUUGGUUGAUUCGAAAAUGUGCAGGAUACCAAAUAUUGAUCCAUUCGACAUUUCCGUGCGUAAAUAUUUCUCGAUAAGUAAAUGGCGACCCUGUCCAGGUAAAGCUUCUUUGACGUACCAAGAGGAUAAUGUUUUGAGAAUUAAUAAAGCUGUUAUCAUACAAAGGUAUAAAAACAAUUUCCAUUCAUGCAAAGUAUAUCCAAUAGUAAGGAAUGAUACUGACGAUGAUCAUGUCGACUACCUGAAGGAAUCUUUACUGUUUAAAUCAGAUGUGAAUAUAACUGAUGAAUUUAUUAGAGUUCAAUGUUUUAAUAGAAACAAUAAAACAAUUUACACAAAUUUCCACGCCUUUGUCCAGAUGAAAGAAUUACGGCCUAAGGAUACGAAACCAUAUAAUACUGGUUACGAUGGCAUAUACUCUUCAAAAGAUUCUAUGAAAAACAUUGAUUUUUCAAACUUUGCAGAAAACAAGCUUUCACUGAAUGUUCUUUUAAUUGGAAUUGAUUCAGUUUCGCGAUUGAAUUUCAUACGACAAAUGCCGUUAACUCGUCAGUUUUUAUUAAAGCAUGGCGCUAUUGAAAUGUUAGGUUACAACAAAGUGGGUGAUAAUACAUUUCCCAAUAUCAUACCAUUUCUUACUGGGAAAUACCUAGAAGAACUACCUGAAUCAAAGAAACUGGAACGGGAGCCAUUUGAUAAAUACGAUAUAAUUUGGAAACAUUAUAAUAAAUCCGGGUACGUUACUAUGUUUGCAGAAGAUUCAACAUCUGGAGCAAUAUUUAACCACUUGAGGUACGGUUUUAAGAAACAACCGACUGACCAUUAUUUGAGACCAUUUGCACUAGCAAGAGAGAAAGCAAAAUCUCUUUGGUCAAAUAAUAAUUUUUGCUUUGGUAAUCGAAUGGAACCAGCUAUAGUUCUACAAUACACACAUGAUUUUAUCAGAGUCUACAAGGAUAAGCCAUAUUUCACUUUUACAUUUAUCACACGUAUUUCACAUGAUGACAUGAAUAUGGCUGGUCGUGGAGAUUUUGAAUAUCUGAGGUUCCUUAAGAAAUCCUUUAAUCAAAACCUACUAAACAAUACUAUUUUGUUUUUCUUUUCUGAUCAUGGAAUUAGAUUUGGCUUAUUUCGUAAGACUUAUGUUGGUCGACUAGAAGAACGACUGCCUGCUAUGUAUAUCCUUCCACCUGAAUGGUUCAGAGACAAAUUUCCGACAUUAUGGAAUAACCUCAAAGUAAACACUCACCGAUUGACAACACCAUUCGAUAUCUAUGAAACCCUACAAGAUAUUUUGGAUAUCGAAAAAACAGCAGAACGUUCUAAAUCUAAUGAAAUUGACUACAACAAUCUCAAACGAAUCAGCCUGUUCAGAGAGAUACCUUUAAAUCGUUCUUGUGAGGCAGCACAUAUUAAACCACACUGGUGUACAUGUCACCUCUUUAAUCCACUUGCUCUUAAUGAUAGCAUUGUAAUUAACGUAACUAAUUACCUCGUGAAUUAUAUAAACAACAUGACAUCAAAUUCUAGUAAAGUGUGUGCCAGGUUAAAAUUACAGGAAAUCAAAAAUGCUGAAAUUUCAGUGAUGAAUGACCAGGUACUUUCCUAUUUAGGCAAAGGAGUUCAGACUUAUAAGGAUUACCGAAUUAUUAUGCAAACACUUCCCGGUGAAGGUUUGUUUGAAGGAACAGUAAGAUAUUACAGUGACAAUGAGCAGUUUUCAUUGUUGGGGGAAAUUAGUCGAAUAAAUCGCUAUGGACAUCAAUCUGAGUGUGUUCAUGACUUUAUCCUCAGGAAAUAUUGCUACUGUAACAAAUAGCAUUCUUUAGUCCUGUUUUCGCAAUGUCUAAUUAUAUUAGAACACAUCAAACUACUUAAGCUGUUUUUUGUAUUUGAUGGUCUCUGUAUUUACAAUACCUAACAUGUUUGAUGCGAAACUGUUUACAUUUUAUUGUGGAAACCGUCGAACGUAUUAGAAGUUGAUGCAACAUUGCACACGAAUUAUAGGAUUUCGUAAAUGUGUAUUUUUUUAUAUUAACAUCGCAGCUGAAAUCGCUGUAUCGCAGACGCAUCGAAUACUAUUACGUUAAAGGUUGAACACAAGCAGUCAUGUGUGAGUUGUCUACAAUAGAUCAUCCAAUCGAGAGACAGCAAAACGUUACUCCUUCCCUCUCUCCGUGCGUGCAUAUUUUGUAUAUGCGCUCAAGCACGUGGUUUGUGUGUCUGUUUAAAGCUGAAAAAUAAAUAUUCACUAAAUGUUUCUAAACUUUA